AUGACCCCCACUGUCCCACCAACCCACUCCCCAGCCCACUCCCCAGCCCCCUCCUCAGCCCACUCCCCAGUCCCCUCUUCAGCCCACUCCCCAGUCCCCUCUUCAGGCCACUCCCCAGCCCCCUCCUCAGCCCCCUCUCUAGCCCCCUCCUCAGCCCACUCCUCAGCCCACUCCUCUGCCCACUCCCCAGCCCCCUCCUCAGCCCACUCUCCAGUCCCCUCUUCAGCCCACUCCCCAGUCCCCUCUUCAGCCCACUCCUCAGCCCACUCCCCAGACCCCUCCUCAGCCCCCUCUCUAGCCCCCUCCUCAGCCCACUCCUCAGCCCACUCCUCAGCCCACUCCCCAGCCCACUCCCCAGCCCCCUCCUCAGCCCACUCUCCAGUCCCCUCUUCAGCCACUCCCCAGUCCCCUCUUCAGCCCCCUCCUCAGCCCACUCCCCAGUCCCCUCUUCAGCCCACUCCCCAGUCCCCUCUUCAGCCCCCUCCUCAGCCCACUCCCCAGUCCCCUCCUCAGCCCACUCCCCAGCCCCCUCCUCAGCCCAGUCCCCAGUCCCCUCUUCAGCCCACUCCCCAGUCCCCUCUUCAGCCCCCUCCUCAGCCCACUCCUCAGCCCACUCCUCUGCCCACUCCCCAGCCCACUCCCCAGCCCCCUCCUCAGCCCACUCUCCACCCCCUCCUCAGCCCACUCCUCAGCCCACUCCUCAGCCCACUCCCCAGCCCACUCCCCAGCCCCCUCCUCAGCCCACUCUCCAGUCCCCUCUUCAGCCACUCCCCAGUCCCCUCUUCAGCCCCCUCCUCAGCCCACUCCCCAGUCCCCUCUUCAGCCCACUCCCCAGUCCCCUCUUCAGCCCCCUCCUCAGCCCACUCCCCAGUCCCCUCCUCAGCCCACUCCCCAGCCCCCUCCUCAGCCCACUCCCCAGUCCCCUCUUCAGCCCACUCCCCAGUCCCCUCUUCAGCCCCCUCCUCAGCCCACUCCCCAGUCCCCUCCUCAGCCCACUCCCCAGUCCCCUCCUCAGCCCACUCCCCAGCCCCCUCCUCAGCCCACUCCCCAGUCCCCUCUUCAGCCCACUCCCCAGUCCCCUCUUCAGCCCCCUCCUCAGCCCACUCCCCAGUCCCCUCCUUAGCCCACUCCCCAGCCCACUCCUCAGCCCACUCCCCAGCCCCCUCUUCAGCCCACUCCCCAGCCCCCUCCUCAGCCCACUCCCCAGCCCCCUCCUCAGCCCUCUCCCCAGCCCCCUCCUCAGCCCACCCCCCAGCCCCCUCCUCAGCCCACUCCCCAGCCUCCUCCUCAGCCCACUCCCCAGUCCCCUCUUCAGCCCACUCCCCAGCCUCCCACAAGCCUCUGUCGGGCGACGCUGGCCCCUGA